GUUUGUGGAGUGGAUCCCAGAGGUGCCUGCUGAUGUGCGCUGGCUGUUUGGUGUGGCAGGCGACGUGUACCGACAGGCCUGGAAGGCAAAGCCAGACAGCUACAACAGCGAGCCAUCUUUGAGGAAGUGUUUGAGUGUGCCCCCGCUGCCUUCAGAGAUCCAAGCGUCCGCGCAGAGCGACAUCCUUCCAGCUAUGUCCUCGUUUGACCUUCACAGCAGCUUCUGGCAGGUUCCCAAACCGACCUCCUGCCCUCCUCUCAUGGCCCCGUCCUCCCCACAACACGUCUGCUUUUUCGUCGGCUCACAGGAUGAACGGCCCGCACUGCAGGAAGACCGCUCAGAACCUGCUCUUUAA